GCCCCCGCCUGGCUCGCUCGGAGCCGUGCCCCGGGCUGAGGGGACCCUCUCUCGGCACCCGGGAAGGGUGCUAGAGGUGGGGUGGUGCCUUCCCCAUGGCGUUCAGUCACGGCCCUCAGCUUGCCCUGCGGCCUCCUGCCACGGCAGGGACAGGGGGGUUUUGGCACAGUUGCCCCAGUCACGGUGCUGCUCGUAGCUUGGGUGUCAAGAGCUUGAGACCUUGAUAUGGCCACAGGGUGGGGUGGAUCAGGAGAAGCGUGGUUUUAUGCCGUUUCCCCCCAUUUUGAGAGAACCGUGCCAUGUUGCCGUGGUGGGCUGUGGCCUCGGUGGAGGUAGCCGGUAACUUCAUCGUCGUGAUUUCAAUGUAUGUCAUGUUCCAGCCUUGAGUCACUUAAUCAUCUUGCAUUGCUGGAGAGGUGGGGAAAAGGUCAAAACUGAACGAUGAGUGAAAAAAUGUCUUUUACAACUGGCCAUAGAGCGCCUGUUGCAGAGUACAGAAUUGGACAGCUGUACAUGAUAAGCAAGCAUAGCCAUGAGCAGAGUGACCGAGGUGAAGGUGUGGAAGUGGUGCAGAAUGAACCCUAUGAAGAUCCAAAUCAUGGCAAUGGUCAGCUAACAGAAAAGCGGGUGUAUCUCAACAGCAAACUGCCUAGCUGGGCUAGAGCGGUUGUUCCCAAAAUAUUUUAUGUUACAGAGAAGGCUUGGAAUUACUAUCCUUAUACAAUCACAGAAUACACAUGUUCAUUUUUGCCUAAGUUCUCCAUUCAUAUAGAGACAAAAUACGAGGACAACAAAGGAAGCAAUGACAGUAUUUUUGACAGAGAAGCUAAAGAUCUGGAGCGAGAAGUUUGCUUCAUUGAUAUUGCCAGCGAUGAAAUUCCUGAGCGCUAUUACAAAGAAUCAGAGGAUCCUAAAUAUUUCAAGUCACAGAAGACUGGGAGAGGCCAAUUAAAAGAAGGCUGGAGAGAGACCCAUCAGCCAAUUAUGUGUUCCUACAAACUUGUGACUGUGAAAUUUGAGGUCUGGGGACUUCAAACCAGAGUAGAGCAAUUUGUACACAAGGUGGUCAGAGAUAUACUAUUGAUCGGUCACCGGCAGGCUUUUGCCUGGGUUGAUGAGUGGUACGAUAUGACUAUGGAUGAUGUUCGAGAAUACGAGAAAAAUAUGCAUGAAAAAACCAACAUUAAAGUUUGCAACCAACAUUCAUCUACUGUGGAUGAAAUAGAGAGCCAUGCCAAAGCAAGAACAUGACAAUGGAUGAAGUCCGAGAGUUUGAACGAGCAACUCAGGAAGCUACCAACAAGAAGAUUGGGGUUUUCCCACCUGCAAUAUCUAU